AUGAAAAUUCUUAAAUUUCAGACAAUUGCUGCAUGGCGUAAAAUGAACUAUCAUGAGGAUCCUCAAUACAGUGCUUUCAAGCAGCUGCUAGAAGCUCCAGUUGCUGAUGCAGCAGCAAUUUUGCAAGAAAGAUUCCCGAUGCCACGUUACAUCAUGACCGAAUAUGAAGGCUCUCAGGUUUUGUGUUUGCUUAUCUAA